AUGAAUCUUCUGUACCUUCUCGGGCUCUCAGCCCUAUCAACGGCCUUUUCGCCCAUCAACAAUACCAACCACAUCUUCAAUGCAAUUCAUUCUUCGAUGCGCCAAUGGGGCUCCUCCCUAAACCACAACGGCAUGUCCUUCUUCCUUGCCUCCGUCCCCGAAGGAACAACCCUCUAUCACGGAUCUUCCCACCCGAAUACCCUUAUCGAAACCGGGUAUGUGGCAUUCGAUCCCGAGCACGCAUUGGUAUUUGCCCGACCGCCUCACCACCCGAAACACGCUCUCCACGAUGGACAAGUUCAACAGAAGAUCGUAACGUCGAAACAUGGCGAUCCAAUGGAAGACCAAGCAGGCUGGCUUCAUACGUACCGGACUACCAAGGAAUUAAGACUUGUGUACGUCGAUGGCAUGUCGGCUGGGAAGUCACAUAUUGGAACGUUGGACUCCCAGGAUCGCAUCCUCUUCAACGAUACGAUCCCGUCUGGCGGUGUUAGCCAGGAAACGGAGCGCGCAAAGGCAGUGUGUCGCAUUUCCGCUGACGAAUGGGAUAACCGGAUUGAUGGCGUUAUUCGCAUGGCUGCCGGAUUUGAAAUUAUUCUCUGUGCACCAGAGGAGAACCUGGUUGCGGAGCGAGUGACAAAGUCCUGGAUUCACAAGCCGAAGCAUCAUGGCGACCACAAGCCACAGCAAGGCAAGCCGGGCGAACUGCUUCGCGUUGUGACGUCAAGAUACAAUGGCAUCGGAGGAGAUCGGGUGAAGGUCAACUAUGACCACUUCGUCUCUGUAUACGAUAGCGAUCUCAAUGUCUUUUCAGCGAACAGCUCACACAGCACACAGCCUCGACUCACACAUCUGUCCAAAGCAUCAAUCCAGAAAAUCAGACAGAGGCUUACAGAUUUGGUCAUGGACCACGAUGUGCAUGGGAAAGUCAACUGGCAGGCUAUUGCUGAUAUGACUGUCCAGCAGUAUGGUCGCCGUCUGCAAGACUUGGUCUCCUCUCCUCGGUUCAGGACCAUGGAAUCACUGAAAGCAGAAAUUGUGCAAAUGUGGGAAGCAUUUGUUGACUUGGACUAUUCAAGCGCGGACGUUGAAAUCCAACGCUGUACAAACCGGUUCAUCCCACAUGCUGCUUCCAAAACAUCGCUAGCCCAUAAUGUUACCUAUACUAUCAACGAGCAGAUAUGCUCUACGUUUGCGACGGUUCUCUAUGACGAUCAUGAUCAUACAAUUGCAAUUGGUCGUCUUCAGGAGUUGAUAGAUUAUCUCUCUUGGACUGUCUGGAAGGAAUGUCGCGAUUGCCGAGAUGACGAGUUUUGUGCUAUUCCGAUUUGGCCUCAGGGGUCGUUGGAGGAUUAUGAGGAUCCGAGGUGUCAGCGGUAUUAUUCUGCGUAUGCCGGGGAGAAUGAUUACUGGGGACCUAUUUUUCAUUGA